CUUCAUUAUAAGUCCAGGAAACCAAUAAACAAUGAAGACAUCAACAAUUUCCUUAAUUCUCAUCCUUCAAGUCAUCUUCGCAGCUGCUUCCUCCGCUCCUAACGCUGUCCUCGACAUAAAUGGAAAGAAACUCCGGUCAAAAACCCAAUAUUACAUCUUACCUGUUUUUCGUGGCAUGGGAGGAGGCUUAACUUUGGGCUUCACCGGCCGAGUGAACAACUCUGAAGUCGAUUUCUGCCCACUAGAUGUCGUCCAGAAAGGCAAUGAACUCGAAACUGGUCUCCCGUUGACUUUCUCGCCGGUGAAUCCAAAGAAAGACGUCAUCCGUGAAUCGACAGACCUUAAUAUCCAGUUCGAAGCUUCCACCAUAUGCAUUCAAUCGACGUUAUGGAAACUGACAGGUCGGGAUGAGGCGACCGGUCUUAACUUUGUGGGUACUGGCGGUGAAAAGGGGAAUCCGGGGAAAGAUACGGUGAGCAACUGGUUUAAGAUAGAGAAAUAUGAUAACGACUACAAGUUGGUGUUCUGUCCGUCGGUCUGCCAUAUUUGUAAGGUUAUAUGCAUGGAUGUCGGAAUCUAUGUGGAUGAAAAUCAUAUGAGGCGUUUAGUACUGAGUGAGAAGCCAUUCAAGGUUAUGUUUAGAAAAGUGGAUUAAUUAAAAUGUUUAUUAAAGCAAAUCUUACUUUUACCAAUUUCUUAUACUUGUAAUAAUGUAACUUGAUCUUUAAUGUUCCUGAAUAAAGAGAUCAAGUAUUUGGUC